UCGUAGGGUAUGUAGGGUAUAAACGCUGCUUGUUUAAGGUAUUCCAUUUAUUUCUGAGAAAAACAUUCCAUUUAUUUCUGAGAAAAACUGACUGAUCUGCCAAAGGAUGCUAGACUUGCAAAAUAUUGUUGGAUCGGGACUAUUGUUGCCUUUUAAAAUCCACGCCAACAAAAGACAAACUUAGAUUUCAUGCAAAAAUAAAUUGGGGGAAAUGAGGGGGUGAUGCAGUAUUGCGAGAAUAGAUUACUCGCCCCCUUUCUGAAUAUUAGUGAAAGGAGAGCGAUACCUUCACCUAAAGGAGCACAAGGUUCAACACAUCCAGUGCAGAUGAGUAGUGAUGUCACAGGAAGCGCGAGGCUCCACUGCCAGGGGGGCCCGACUUCUCGCCGCGCGCGGUGCAGGACGUUGCCACUGAGCUGCUCGCGAGCCUCGGAUUAACUGCGGAACGGGCGAGGUGAGCAGACAAGCAAUGUUCGGAUAUUGGACAAGCUCAUUCCUUUUGCUGUGUGCAACCUGUGAGCUCUUAAGGAUGGCUCAUGCUGAGGAGAGCGACACCGAACCAAAACCGAUCGGCAUCUCCCGCAGCAAGAUCGUGUCAGCGCAGUUUGAGUGCUACCAAAAGAUUACCAAGGGCACAAAUCACGAUCGAAUAGCGGGGCCCGUGUGUAACCACACGUGGGACGGCUGGCUCUGCUGGGACGACCUGGAGGCUGGCAUCACUGCCACACAGCAGUGCCCUGAUUACUACCACGACUUCGACACCUCGGAGGUGGUCACAAAAAUCUGCAUGGAGACGGGACAUUGGUUUGUCCACCCAGAGAGCAACAGAACAUGGACCAAUUACACCAACUGUAGACAAGUGAGCAGGGAGCGCAGGCUGACAGACAUGAACUUCUACUAUUUGACUUUGAUUGGACAUGGAUUGUCAUUGAUAUCUUUGUUUGCCUCCCUGGGAAUAUUCUUCCACUUCAAGAGCUUAAGCUGUCAGAGGAUCACGCUUCACAAGAACCUUUUCACCUCCUUCGUCCUCAACUCAAUCAUAACCAUCAUUAUAUUUACUGCCGUUGUCAACAAUGAAGAGCUGGUACGUGCAAACCCGGUGAGCUGUAAGGUCUCGGCCUUCAUCCAGGGGUAUAUCGUGGGCUGCAUGUACUUCUGGAUGUUGUGUGAGGGGAUCUACCUUCACACGCUCAUCGUCGUGGCUGUGUUUGCUGACAAGCAGCGCCUCCUGUGGUAUUACCUCCUGGGCUGGGGAUUCCCGCUCAUUCCAGCUUUGAUACACGCCGUCGCGAGAAGCUAUUACUACAACGACAAUUGCUGGAUCAGUUCACACACAUCUCUGCUUUAUAUUAUCCAUGGGCCUAUUUGUGCUGCUUUAUUGGUAAAUCUGUUCUUCCUCCUGAACAUCGUUCGCGUGUUGAUAACCAAGCUGAAGGUGACCCACCAGGCGGAGUUCAGCCCCUAUAUGAAGGCAGUGAGGGCCACGCUGAUCCUCGUGCCUCUGCUGGGGAUCCAGUUCAUCCUGCUCCCCUACAAACUCGAGGGCCGCCUGUCCUCUGAGAUCUACGGGUACAUCAUUCACAUCUUGAUGCAUUACCAGGGUCUCCUAGUGGCCACAAUCUUCUGUUUCUUCAAUGGAGAGGUCCAGGGUGUGCUGCGGAGACACUGGAACCAGUACCGCAUCCAGUUCGGUAGCACCUUUGCCAACACGGAGGCCCUGCGCUCAGCAUCCUACACGACCUCCUCCAUGACGGAGGUGCACCGGUGCCACAGCAUCGAUGGGCACAUGGAGACGCUGAAUGGCAAGAACUUCCACGGCCUGUCCACCACCAUCCUCCGCUCGGAUAACCUGUAUAUCUGAGGAGACUCUGCAGAAGCUCAGAAAGGAUCGUGUGUCUUACAGUGCAAACGGGGACCUUGCUUCUCCAUCCGUCUCCACUGGGAUGUCUCCAUCCGUUUCCAUUAGGAUAUCUCCAUCCGUCUCCACUGGGAUAUCUCCAUCCGUCUCCACUGAGAUGUUUCCACAUAUCUCCACUUGUAUGUCUAUGUCUGUCUCCAUCGUGUCGUAAAGUUAAGGUAUCGGGAUCACUGGAAUCUUUUUUUGACUGCAUCAAGGAGAAAUCCUGGUGUCCUGGAGCCAAGAGGCAUUUGAAAAGUCCUCUCACUAUGAGCUAGGACACACCAUGACAUACAGACAGAGCCUAGUGUAUACAUUACUGCACACCUAUUGACUAUUGAACACUGUUGAGAAGCUUUUCCCUUGGGCUCUGCUUCCCACCAUAAACAGGACGGUGUAGAGGAUUAACAAUGACAAAAGACUUUACAGAAGGAGAUGCAGAUGACUCUCCCUCUGGCAUUGAAAGCAAGUUCUGUGAGAUUUAGGGGGAAAAAACCCCAUUUUGGUCUCUGUAAAGAGGGCUUGUUGAUUGUGAAACUCCAUCUGUUGUUUGAAGUGAUUCUGCACUUGAUGGGUUUAAAUGCAAUCUUUCUGAAAAGAGCUCUGUAUUUAAAAUUGAGCCAAUAACAAGGAAAAGCUCUCCUAUUAGUUAUGGAAUGUACUGAUUGAAAGUAAUUAUGGCUUAAAGGCUACAUACAUCACACAUCAAAAGUCCAGUUUGUCUGAAAAAUCACAGCGCUUGUGCAUGGUUCAUGAUUCCAGAUUCGAGUUUUCACUUCAUAUUAAGUUUCCUCUUUAACAGUGGUAGUCUUAGAAGACGGUAAUACCCACAACAUAUGAACCAAACCAAAUCCAUCCAGAAAUGUGCUGUGGAGGUCUUACCAUAAAAGAAACUGCAUAACAUCACCACAGCUGUCAGCCCACGUCAUCGCGCCUUUGAUUCGUCCAAUUUAUGGCGUCGAACUUUAAUCGUCUUACGGGGAAACCUGACCAAGGUUAGCAAGCUUGAUAAGUAUCCCAUUUCAGUGAUCUCAACUUGUAUAAUUUUUCAUGCACAAUUGCAGUUGUCUGAGGUCUAAAGACAACACAGGUUCUGAAUGAACUCUUUUACCGAGUCUUUAUGUCUGGAACAUACAAGGGCUUCGUCCGGUUUCUCCUAUCAUCUUGAGGCAUUUAAAUGUAAUGUUCACAUGCUGGAAAAAGAAACUACUCACACUUGGAAAAUGUAAAUAUAUUUCUCAUCCUGGGUGUAUAAUGGAUGUUUUUGUGAGUGGAAUUUGUGUAUAUUUAUAAAUGCAUAUUAUGCUCACAGUCAGUAUUCAUAUUUUGUAGUAGUAUUAUUUUAUGCUUUAGACAUUAUUAAUGAGAAAAGAACCGUCGUACAUUUUGAUUGGCUCAUUGCAUAUUCAGUUCAUUUCCAUGUAAUUAUGGUUUACAGGUGAUAGAAAGUUCCGGAAGAUUGUUUCCACUCUUGUGUUAAGCUGCAUGUCAAAAAAAGUCACGUCAAUGUUGGACUGUCUUUGUGCCAAAUUGUAUUUUAUUAUAACCUUUUAAGUUAUUGUACUUAUAGGCAAAUAUAUUUUAGGUCAUAAACAAAUUUAGGAGUC